GGAGGGGGCGCGGGGGGGGGGCGCCCGAGGGCUGCGGGGGGGAGGGGAGCGGAGGGGAGGGAGACAGCCGGUCCCCGGGACCCACGACGCCUCCUCCUCCUCCUCCUCCCCCCCUGCCGGCCGGGAAGGGGAAGGGAAGCCACAAGACUGGCGAGGGGAAAAGAAAAAAAAAAAAAAAAAGAAUUGGUCCAGCGGGCGUUGGACAAAAGUUUCCGAGCGCGCUCGCCGCUGGGAGUGAGCGGGCCCCGGCGGCGGCCCCGCCUCGGAUGCUCCGGCCUCCUUCCUGUGCUCGUGACGGCGCCGGCCCGGGCCAGCCGCCCCCCAGACCGCCGGGCCCCCGGGGGUCCCACGCAGAGCAUCCUCCGCCGCGCGGGGGUUGCCAGCAAUGCGCGCCCCUCCCCGGGCCCCCAGCGCGCACGGGGGCGCCCGCAGCCCCGACCCCCUCCCUCCCUCCCUCGCUCGCUCGCUCGCUCCCCGGCCGCCCCGAAAGAUCAAAGUCCGCCGAGCGCCCCGAGCGCCGAUGCUCCGGCCGCGCGCCCCCCCCCCGGCCCCGGCGGCGCCCCCCCGCGAGCACCCCGGAUACCUCGCGGCCGCCGCGCCGUCAUCUCCUCCGCGCGGCUCGGCCCGAGUGGGACUCGAAACUUCCCUGCUCUGGUACAACUUUUGCAGACAGAGACAGAGGGACAGAGGGAAAGACAGACACCAUAGCACCAGAGAAAACUUCCUCCUGGACCCAGAGGGAGCCAAGCUCAAACCUGCAUCGUGUGCAAAGCAAGACAGAUACCUUCCUAGGUACAUAAACAAGAAAUGAACAUAGACGUCUACCAGGAACCUGUACACCAUGUUCUGUUCAUAACAUCAUUAUUCAUGUAACAAAAAGUUGGCUACAACUAUAAUAUCAGCAGAUGAGUAAAGAAACAAAGUGCGGUGCAUUCUCAAGGAAUAUUAUUCAGCCACAAAAAUAGGAAUCAGGGGCUGAUUGCUGCUACAAAUGGGUGAACUUUGAAACCAUGAGGAAUGCAGUGAGUCAGACACAAAAGGAAAACUAUCAUAUUCUGUUC